AAUUAAUUGGUGUUUAAAAAUGAGUGAAAUCGACAUUAAAAGAGACGGUGUUUUGGCAAAUUUGGAUGAUUUGGUCAAAAAUGAUUUGAUUCCUAAUGAAUGGAAAGACACUAUUUUGAAUGAUGUUCAGAAACAAAACGGACCGCCAAUUGAGUGUCCCUUUAGUGACGCCUAUUACUACGGAAUGUCACAGAAGUUUCGCAAAAGCAAUAAAUUCUCGCAAACGCUGUCAUUACGCGAGUGUCUUAUUAAAGCGAUUAAAGUGUCCAAUAAUACUGAAAAUGUUGACAAACUUUUAGACAAUAUAUUAUCUGAAAAAGAUUUAGAAAAGGAU